CUUAGCAAAUGAAAUGUCUAAAAUCGGCAGCAGGUCAUCGACAUCAAUGGGUGUGGAUUCACGAUAUUAUUACCAUGAUUUGCUAUACUUGCUUGAUCUGGAUUGUCCAGGAGCUGAAGAUAUUAUUGCAUUGGCAACAGCUAAAAACCUAUUUCGUUCACCAUUCCGUUGGCUGGUGAUCACCGCAUGGUCUAAAAACGCUAACAUUGCUGCUUUAUGGAACAGCCCAGUUCUGGCAGAUAGCGACUUGGUGUUAGCUGCGGGAAAUGGUGGUGUUUUGAAACUAGUUGAACUCCACAAGCCAUCUCCCAACGGCACCAUGAUUUCAACUCUACGAGGGUUCUACAACGGCAGCCUCUACGACGUGAGGCCUCACCGGGAGCUGUUCCGAAGACGCCGUGACGUCAUGGGCCAUACCAUCACCAUGUCCAACGUUAUACAGGAUAGUAACACCACGGUUUAUCAUCUGCCGAGGGAGGAUGGGAUGGAGCCUCAAUACGACUCGAUAUCAAAGAUUUGCUGGAUGAACGUGAAGCUAGCCUUCCAAAUGCUGAACGCCACUCCAGGGUAUGUGUUCAGCUACCGAUGGGGGUACAAGGUCAACGGCAAGUGGUCUGGCAUGAUAGAUGAUAUCCAUUCUGGAAGAGCUGAGUUGGGAACAAACUGCGUGGUAUCAGACAUAGAACGUUUGGACGUGGUUGCCUACACCGAUCGUCUAGCUCCCUUCAGAGUUCGCUUCGUAUUCCGCCAGCCACCUCUGCCGUAUGUCGCGAAUAUAUUCUCCAUGCCUUUCUCUAAGAACGUUUGGAUCGCCAUGUCUGUGUGUGCUGUGUUGAGUACGGCGACUGUUUAUUUGGCUGCAAAAUGGGAAGCUAAAGAGGGCAAGGGUCCAACACAACUAGACAGCAUUGGUGACGCGAUGUUACUAACGUUCAGUGCAAUAGGCCAGCAGGGUUGUGUGAUGGAACCAAGAAGACUAUCAGGUCGUAUGAUGGUGUUUGUGCUGUUCACGGCGCUGAUGGCGCUGUACGCGGCGUACUCCGCCAACAUCGUGGUGCUGCUGCAGGCGCCCUCCGACUCCAUCCGCAGCCUGCCGCAGCUCGCCAACGCUAAGAUCACCCUCGCUGCCAACGAUGUGGAUUACAAUCAUUUUGUUUUCAAACUCCACAAAGACCCGGUGCGUGAAAUCGUUUACAAGCGAAUCGACCCGGAGAAAGGAAAGAAACAUUUCUACGAUCUCAAUGAAGGAGUCGAGAGAAUUAGACAGGGUCUGUUCGCGUUCCACUCUAUCGUGGAGCCAGUAUACAUGAGGAUCGAGCAGACGUUCCUGGAGACUGAGAAGUGUGAUCUCAUGGAGGUGGACUUCCUCAACAGCUACGAUACCUUCGUACCCGUGAGGAAGGAGUCACCUUACUUAGAGCUUUUGAGGGUCGUCUUUAAACAGAUCCGCGAGUCCGGCAUCCAGUCGGCCCUAUCCAAGCGUCUCCAAGUACCCAAGCCCCACUGCACCAGCAAGAUGUCCUCGUUCAGCAGCGUGGGGCUGAUGGACAUGAAGCCUGUGCUGAUCCUCAUGCUGUACGGCGUCUGUCUGUCCGUCACCAUCGCUGCUGCCGAGAUCCUUGUGUUUAAACUGUGA